ACCAAAUAAGUUUAUAGUUCUAUCAAAAAAUUGAGUUAAUUUAAAUUGAAGAAAAUGUGAAACUUUCAGUGUUUAAUGAAAUGAAUUAGAAACAAGUAAUUAGGAGACACAAUUAGACAUCGUAAAAAAUUGAUUAUUUCUCAUUUUAAACACCGAUAAUAAACAUAAUCAAAAUUCUGUUAAUUUGAACCGCAACUUCAUCUAUUUAUUUUAUAAAUUGAUUGUGUUUGGUUGAACACUUUAUGUAUCAAUAAUUAUUAUUAUUUGCUCAUUAAUUUGAUUCAUCAAAGUUGUUAAUUAACGCGAAUUGAGUGAAUCAUCAUCAUCAUCAUAUUCACUUAAUAAUCAAUAUUUUGUGUUUUUAUCAAGAUAUCAUCAUUAUCAUAAUAAUCAUCAUCUUAGUCUCUAUCAAAAUAAUUUAAUUUAAUUUAACUGUUUCAACAAAAAUGAGAAGGAAAUUAAUGUUUCUUAAUUGUGAUUCAGUUGCUACUCAAACAAUUUGGAUAUCUAAAUCAUCACCGGUGACAUGUCUUCAAUUACUAUUAUUUUUACUGAUACUUAAUUGUAGUUACAAUUUGUCUGUAAAUUCACAAAGUUUAGAAAUUGACUAUUCAGGUCACACAGAAGUCGAAGGUAUCGCUGGUCGAUCAGUCUCUUUACCAUGUAACAUAACGAUAACCAACGGGAAUAUUAAAGAAGUGGCCAUUAUUUUAUGGUACAAAGGAGAGACUGGAAUUCCUGUUUAUACAGUUGACACUCGGAAUAAAAGUUCAUUAAGUGGUUCAAUUCAUAUUCCAUCGAGUUCUUAUAAGAGUCGAUCUUAUUUUGAUAUGUCCAAAAGUCCACCGACUCUACGAUUAGAUAAAGUUAGUGAAAAAGACUCAGGUGAAUAUCGAUGUAGAGUCGAUUAUGAAAAAUAUCCAACACAAAACUUUCACAUCAACCUAACAGUUAUCGUUCCACCUAAAUCAGUGAUUAUUGUUGAUUCCAAUGGAACCCGAAUGGAAGGUGUAAUUGGCCCAUUCCUAAGAGGAACCACCCUGAGACUUACAUGUAAAGCUAUUGGGGGUGAUCCCUCGCCUAGUAUACGCUGGUGGAAGGGUGGGAACAUGGUUGAUGAUUCCUAUCAGAUUUCACAGAAUCGAACAGUUUCUAAUGAAUUUAUCGUGGAAAAUAUCGAUCGUGAUAACUUAUUAACCGUAUUAACGUGCCUAGUUUCUAAUACUGACCUUAUACCGCCCAAAGAAGUUUCAGUUUCAAUUGAUAUGAUUCUUGAACCUCUUGGUGUUGAACUUUUGCUACAAAAUACUUUUCUACCUGCAAACAAUGUAAGUGACCUCAUCUGCUUAUCCUAUGGUUCUCGUCCACCCGUUCAAGUGAAAUGGUUCAAAGAUGAUGAGCCUUUGAAUGUAACUACAAGUUUAAUCCUCUCCAAUGACGGUAACUCAACAACCUCAAAGUUUCAAUAUAAACCGACCAUAGAAGACAAUGGAAAGGUCAUUUCUUGUUCAGUGGUCAACACAAAAUUAUCAAUCUCACCAUUAAAAGAUGAAACAAUUCUCAAUAUUCACUAUACACCUCAAGUAUCAAUCGUCUUAGGUACUAGCCUUCAAUUGGACACAAUUCGUGAAAACACCGAUGUCUAUUUUGAAUGUAAUGUUCGCGCCAAUCCUUGGGUCACUGAGGUCACUUGGCUUUUUGAAGAUGUUCCUCUUUACACCAAUCCCUCGGCUGGAAUAAUUGUCUCCAAUCAAUCACUUGUCCUUCAACAAGUUAAACGAAGUCAACGUGGACAUUACCAAUGUUCAGCAAGGAACAGUCAAGGAACCGGAUACAGUGAAAAAUCAUAUCUCAAACUAAACUGUAAGUUGUAAUAUUUUUUCGCCACUCAUUCAUCAAUGAAUUGAAAACUGUAAGGCUGGAAAUCGAAACACUACAAUUAGGUAUCUUCGAGAAACUCAGAGAACAAAUAACCUCUAGAAGCAGCAUGAUGACCUUUUGGGCGUUUUUGCUGAUCUCUCAAUCUUAUCUCUUUAAUGAUA